GAUAAACGAAACCUGUCCAGCGUUAAUUAUGCGGAAUAGGUAUGUUUGACUCAGUGUUUCUAUGUUUUGCCAUAACUAACAGACCAUAGUCAUUUAGUGGAGUAAAUUUGCGAUGUUAAGCGUAUGUCGGCGUUGAGCUUGUUUUUCAAACAUUCUGUGUAAUAGCUUUGUGUGGCCGUCGCGGAGUUAACCCUUCAAGUCUCUCGAACAUGCAGAACUCACACUAUGACCAGACCGUGUACCAGGCAGGGCUGUACGGAGCGUCGUCCGGAUACGAUGCUGGGACCAUAAAACUCCACCAUGGUCACUACGCCGACGCUGACACGUGCUACAGCAACUACAGUGGUAACAACAGUGCUAAUUUUAUAUCCAGAGAGCCGCCAUCGUACGCAGACUCGACCUUGUUCCAUCACGGCUUUCCUUCCAAUGCUAGCCAUUCCUACUACAAGAUACCUUCUCGUCCGACGGACUUGCCUGAAUACGGAACACAACGUGAACCAGAACAAAUUGCAUUCAGGGUUGAUCCUUCUAUAGAGGGACCCGAAGAGUACAGGCCGAGAUAUCCGAGUAAUGAUGCUAAAGCGAUCUCUGAAAUUGAUGCAGGUUCGGUUAAAAUUGAAGGCUUGAAGCUGGAACACGAAUCAGAUGGAUUUGGAACAGAUCUGUCCUCGUCUGUCCUGACAGAACCGUUAAGCGAAACUGCUGCCAAUGAAGACCCCUUGUCGCAGAUGCAGGAAGGCGAUCUUGGCCAAGCCAAAGAGAAGUUUAACGAUGAUGCCGAAUCCCAAACACAAGACAAGGAUGAUGCUUUGAAAACUAGUCCAGACGUCAAACCGACUCUCUCGUAUAUAGCCCUUAUAGGUAAAGCUAUUCUAGAAUCAUCCCAGAAAAGACUGAACCUUGGUUCCAUAUACAACUGGAUAGAAACUAAUUACCCCUACUACCUGAACAGGGGUCAAGGUUGGCGUAACAGUGUCCGCCACAACUUGUCCCUAAAUGACUGUUUCAUCAAAGCCGGACGUUGCGAGGACGGCAAGGGAAACUACUGGGCCAUACAUCCGGCCAACAUUCAGGACUUCAUGAGGGGGGAUUUCCGUCAGCGACGCCGGUCACGACGGAGGGGCAGAAAGAAGGACGGAGAUUUUGGAAUGUAUCCAAUGACCAACGGGUACCUCGGCAGUGCCGCUGGGUCUGCCCUGAACCCUGGAAUGACUUUCAACCCCCCUCCCACCGUCUACAGCUCCAUCUACUCCCCCUACACCGAGGCGGAGAGGCGGGCGUAUAGGCUGGAUGAGGCAUUGCUGAGGCAGAGCAUCGGCAACCCGUUCAUGAAGUGGUGCCACAACGGUGGCUGCAGCAGCGCGCCAACGGGGACGUCGUGCAACUCGAACGUGUACGGUGGCGCCUCCUGCCAGUGGCAGGGUUAUAGCGAUAACUCUUCGCAGCCCGUCUAUCAGCUGAAUUCUUCGUUCUCAAGUACCGCCCCAUGUCACUUUGCUCCACCCUCACGACUUCACUCAGUGAUAAGCGCCGCCUUCCUCAACUCGAGUCCGCUGGUCGACUUGUCGGUAUUUUCUCACGGCGCGCGCGGGUUACGGAGGAAUCUACUAGGAAGAGACCACGCCGGGACGAGAUUGCUCGCCGAACAGUCGGCCUCUCCGAGCAGCUUGUCACGACGUCUCGGUCUGGAUCAACUUUUAUCUCCUACUCUCUCAUCUGUCGACGACAACUAG